AGGCGACGAUCGCCUGGUUGCUCCUUCCCGGUUCCCCCUGCGGCCCGGCCAUGCCGGCGGGCGUGCCUUGGCCCACCUACCUGAAAACGGUCGGGGCGAGUAUGCUGGCCAUGUUUGCGGGCGCCGAGGUCGUGCACAGAUAUUACAGACCUGACCUUAGUAUACCUGAAGUACCUCCUAAGCCUGGAGAACUGAGAACAGAACUGCUGGGUCUAAAAGAAAGAACAAGCCAAGGUCAAACUUCACAGCAGUGAUCACAAUUUACUUAAGUUAUGAAGACAAACUGUUAACAUUGUUCAACUGUGUCAACUGGAGCUUUGCAAACUUGAUUAAAAAUGUGCCUGUAAAAUACUGUACUCUUAAUAAUGUUUUUCUGUUUCUUGGAAGUAGUUACAGGUAGCAUAAGAAUAAAUGCAUUAAGAAUAUUGUUCAAAGUCCAGCAAGCUGUGUACACUUGUGACUUUGAUUGCAACAUAAAUAUCCUUCAGAACAAUAAAAGAUUAAGAUUAUGUUGGCCAAGGCUGAUAGAAUUUGAAAGGUUUAAGCUGAUUAGCACAUUGAAGAGUUGAACUUUUAUGGACCCUCAUCAGCCUUAAGCAGCUUACCUGUUUUUCUGUAGCAGAACCCUACUUGCCUGUUAGAAGUUCAAAUUUUAAAAAGGGUGAGAAAUCAAUUUUAUUGGACCUAACAUAUAAUUACUAUAGUAAGUUAUUUGUAUAUGCAAUAAGAUUCCUCAUUACAGCACUUGCAUUGGACCCUUCCUACUGCUGUGGUGUUAUGAGCCGUCUGUAAUUCCAAGAGGAAGUUUUGGUCCACUCUUAAGAUUGAAGGACCCGAAACCGUAGUCAUGUUAGUUAAAACAGACCAAGUAAGUAUACACAGAUUACACUUAAGUGAUGUACAGCUGUACUGCAUUUGUGUCCAAACCUCAUAGCUUUUGAGGCUAUUGACCCAUUACAAACAUGCUGGAAAAGAUAGUAUAGGGGGCAGGGGAGUAGGAUGAGCUCUCUCCUGCUCCUAUGUGCCCCUAUGGACGUUGACACUAAGCAGAUACUGCAGCCUAAUUAGGCCAGAGACUUCCUAUAUGGAAGACACCUUUGUAAGUGACAGUCAUACAAAAAGUACACCAAAUGAAAACUUAAAUCCAGAGGGACACAGAUGUUAUUAGGCCCAGUUCCAGUGGAAACACUUCCCCCCCCCACUACACCCAAAGACAACACUGAAAACCUUGCACCUCAGCAUGAGACCUUUGCAUGAGAAUCAAUAAAGUUCCCUGAAGAGUCAAGAUGUUCACAGCAGUUUUGCUUCUGUUCAAGGCUGUAGCUUCCCACUUGAGUUGUAGCUGAAGCAGAAACAGUGGUUUUUGAAUUGUCCCUCUAGAGCCAAGAGGCCCCAGUCCUUCGAGUUACUCAUGCUGUAUCACCUUUGUCCUUCCACUGUUGCCUUUCCAUCUGAGGUAGAGACUAAAUCUUUCAUGCUAGAAGGUACCAUAGAGAAGCUUACCAUCACUUUCAUCAGAACCCCCAAAAGCAUCCUGCUGCUAAUGGAAACUGAGCAACAAGGAACACUUGUUUUACCCCAGCCUCCACUAGCACUAAGGGAACAACUGAUGAGCACCCCUCUAGGAACAGCAAUACUGGCAAGACAACGUAAACAAAGGCAGUUUCCUCAAAACCAGAAUAACCACACCACUAGACAAAAAAACCCCAAAACGUUCCCCCCACCCCCACACCCCUAAGAGCAGAGGAUAGCUCUUCCAGCAUUGAUAUGCUUUUCCAUCAAGCUGGCCAAAAAGCUUACAACUGCAUGUUUGUGCUUAUUUAUAGCAAACACUUGUCACUCCACAGCAGGGAGGGCAGCUAGCACACCACCAUAUUGCAUACAAUACCCUCAAUUGAGGAAGAUGAAGAAGCAUGAACAAUGACCCUCAAAGCAUGCUUUUUAUUAGUUCCAAAAGUGAAUCAGACAGCAUCCUGAAACCAACCAAAGCAUGAGAACUUCAGCUGUGGAACAGAGCAAAGGUUGCUUAAAGCAGACAAAUAAUUAACAGAUUUAAGAGUUCUGUAGCAAACAACCCUAUACUUCCAAUAAUAUUCCUUCUGUAGUUGUUAGCUGUUUUAAAAAGCUCUUAAACAUACAGUAGAUGCAAAUCACAUAUACUACUCAAGCUGGUCAGGCAGAGGUAUAAUAUAGACAUGUAAUAAACGUACACCCUUCUUCAGAAGGGCUCUGAAUGUAUAUUUAACCCAGUAAGGGAUGUUUUCUUUACAUUCCAAACUAACUCUCCAGAUUCAUUACAAGCUGUAUUUUAGAAGUAUUAAAUCAAAAUCUUAGGAGCAAUUGAUUGCUACAGAGCACAAGAGACAAAGCUGCACUGUUUUGCUAAGAGAACCAUACUUUGAGGUGGUACUCCUAUGUUACCUGAAACACUAACAAAGGACCGCUAUUAAAGCUGAUGCAUUGCUAGCUACUGAACUACCCUGAGUUAGACCACUCAGUUUACACAGAAAGAGCUGUUUGUUAUAAAUACCUAGGACUACUGCAGUGAGAACAAAAAACCAGAGGGAAAAAAACACUACCAAGCUCCUAUUCCUGGAACUCUCAAACAUACUUUAAAAACAAAUCUGUAUGAACCUUAACUCCAUAACCAUGCUGAUACAAAAAUGCAGUGUAUUUAUUGCAUGGGAACAAAAUUAUUUGGGCAAUAAAGAGUAAGAGUGAAAAGCAAGUUUCUCAGGCCACUGUCUUAGAAUAGCUUAGUUCAUGUCAGACUGAAGCUCAAACUUAAGACUCUUGCAUGAAUGCCUAAGAACCACUCUUCCAAGUCAAUAACUAGAGUUGCUGCACAGAGUUGCUGUACUACUUUUCUUCCUUCAUAGAGGAAGGCAGAAAAAACUUCCAUGUAAACACUUUCUACCUACCCUGUGAAGAUUUGUUUCAAAGUAGAGGCACUAGUG